AUGGAGGGGUGGCCUGAGAGGCUGACGACGUUCGGAAUGGAUCCGGCGAGGGCCUUUCCGCUGUGCGACAUGCAGACGCUGACGCCGGAGACUCGGGCGCCUGAGUAUCCGCCGGAAGGGCGUCGCCGGGGUCGGUCUUACCCUCUCUGCCUUCCCGGCUGCAUCUCCAGGUCCGCAGGCAGGCCGAAAGACCAGAGGGGAGGGUCACUCGCGUCGCCGUUUGAGUGCUUCGGCAGCUUCGCGGGGGUUUCCCCCACGUGCUGUACGCCGGCGCACCGCGGCUGGAGCCCGUCGACGGUCAGCGGUGCAAGCACCCGCCGCAGCUACUCGAGCAGCGAGGAGGACAGCGAGGAGACACCUAGGCCGACGCGGUCUCCGUCGGCGGCGUCGCUGGCGGGACAGCCAGAAUCUUCUGCUGCGUCUAUCUCUCCUCCCUGCGUGAAGAGGGCGGCGGAGGGCGACGCGCAGGGGCUUUGUUCCCGCGGGUCGUCUCCGUCCGCCGCAGCCCAAGGCCGCGGCGUCGGCGGCGGCGAUGCGCGCGACGAGGGCGCCGACUGCGGCUCGCCAAGGCAGGCGGAGUUCUGUAAGUUCGUUGGGGACGUCAAUUCGCACUUUGUGCUGCUCGAGAAGUUGGGCGCAGGGAGCCAAGGCGUCGUGUACAGGUCUCAGCUGCGGCGCGGGCCUCCGCCGCUGGGUGACGCAGACUCUCCCGGGGAGGAGGGCGGCGGGGCCGAGGAAGUCUGUCUGAAGUUCCUCGUGGCGGAGACUCUCGCACCGUCCUCCGUCGAGCGGCUGUGUCGCCUCCGCGUUCCCCAUGUCGUCCGCCACCACUGCGCGAUUCACGACUGCCGCGGCCAGUGGCUGCUGAUGGAUCUCGCACGCGGCCCCGAGCUCUUGGUGCUCAUCCGGCGCAAACACCAGAGCGGCGGCGGCGACGAGAGCUGCAAGGGUCGGCGCUGUGCGUGCGGACGCGAGGCGCGAGCGGUCGCCGAGGCCCUCGACGAGGCGGCCUGCAAGCGCUACCUCGUGCAAAUGCUCGAGGCGCUGGCUGGACUCCACGCCGAGGGGCUGAUCCACGGCGACGUGAAGGCGGAAAACUUUCUUCUGGAGGAGCCCCUGCACCUUUGCCACGCGACGAGCGACGAACGCGAAAAACCCCGCCCACUGCCCUCAAUCGUCCUCAGCGACUUGGGGAGCGCAGUGCCCAGGGAACGCGCUCAGCGAAGGCCUCGUGGAGGCCGGACUAUGCCCCCUGGAGAGGGAACGCCCAUGUACAUGGCCCCCGAACUCUUUACCAAGUCCAGCUACGACGAGAAAGUGGACGUGUGGGCGGCCGGCAUAGUGUUUGCUCUCCUUCUCGCGGGUCGCACACCCUUCGACAACACAGACGUUCUCUCAUUUCUGUGGAGACACUGCGCAAGUUCGCCCUGCAGCAGCGGCGCCUGCGCGUUUGAGCCGACGUCUCGCCGCGACGUGUCUUGCCCCCUCGCGUUCUCGAAGAAAGCGGCGGGUUCGUGUGCGCCGGGCGCGUCCACAUCGCUCCUCCAGCAGAGGGGCGAGGGGAUCUCCGCACCAUUGUCGCCGACGCUGCCGCCUGUGAGGGAGGAUGGCAUGGCGAUAUUCACGAACGACUUCGAAGAUGCCGCAGACUUCGCGCCGCUGUUGGAUCCCCUGAUUGACGCCGAGAUCAACCAGGGCGAGGCGUGGAGGGACGUAUCAAUUGAGGCGAAGCGCAUGGCUCUGAAGCUGCUGAGCGUCGACCCCCGAGCGCGGCCCUCCGCCGCCGAGGCCUUAGCAGAUCCCUGGCUUAAUACGCAGCAUCUGUAG